GUUUCUCUUGUUUCUUGGUGUUGGAGAAAAAACACAGCAGCAUCCCCAUCACCAGACGCCUGCGACCAGGAAGCUUUAUAAGGUAUGGUCCUGUGCUAAUGGCACACUCUGUGCUUUUUGUGACGAGAGCGCCCCCUGUGGAGGGGAGGGAUGUGGAGCUGGAUGUCCUGAACUUCCUAAACUCCUUUGGGGAGGAGAACAGCACGGCAGAGAGAUGUUACCGUGCACAUUCCCGCAGCAGCGUCCUCCAGGGUUUGCCGUUUGGAGGAGUGCCCACAGUGCUGGCCAUCAACGUGGUGCUCUGGAUGUUCCUGUUGCUCAUCUUCUCCUGUUUAAGGAAGGCUGCCUGGGACUAUGGCCGCCUGGCUCUGCUGAUGGAGAAUGACAGUCUCACGUCCCUGUUUUAUGGUGAGCCAAGUGAAAAAGAAAAGUCUCCAUCAGAAUCCAGCCCCUCUGACUCUGAAACCAAGGACAUGGGCUUCUGCUCGUGGCUCUCAUCACUUUACCAUAUGAAGGAUGAGGAAAUCCGUAGCAAAUGCGGCAUAGACGCCGUCACAUACCUGUCCUUCCAGCGCCACAUCAUCCUGCUCAUGACGGUGGUUUGCCUGCUGUCUUUGGCUGUAAUCCUGCCGGUCAACUUUUCCGGGAACCUCAUGGGAGACAGUCCUGAAAACUUUGGAAGAACAACACUGGCUAAUGUUAGUGCAAAGGACCGUUUUCUGUGGCUCCACAGCAUUUUUGCUCUGGUCUACUUUAUCAUCACGUUGCUGUGUAUGGCUCACCACUCGAUACGGCUGGAGUACAGAGAAGAUGACAAGGUGGCCAGGACACUGAUGAUUACCUCCAUACCCAGAGAAAUCUCUGACCCAGGGCUGAUCACCAAACACUUCCAUGAGGCCUACCCCAGCUGUACUGUCACUGACAUCCGCUUCUGCUUCAAUGUCCACAAGCUGAUGAGGCUGGACCUGGAGAGGCGCAAAGCAAUGAAAGGCAGGCUGUAUUUUGCAACAAAGGCCCAAAAAGAGGGCAAGAUUAUGAUCAAGACUCAUCCGUGUGCUCAGAUAUUUUGCUGUGACUUCUGCGGAUUCGAAAAGGUGGAUGCAGAACAGUACUACAGUGAAUUAGAAGAGAAACGGACAGAUGAGUUUAACGCUGAGAAGAAUCGUAUCUCCAUGAAGAGGCUGGGCAUUGCCUUUGUGACUUUUCGUGAUGAGAGGAUGACUGCUGUGAUUGUGAAGGACUAUAGUCGUGUGCGUUGCCGUCACAGAGCCCAGCAGUCCAGCAUCACCACCGUGGUACAGUCUCACAAGUGGGGGGUCAGCUAUGCACCUGCUCCCAGUGACAUUAUCUGGGAAAACCUGUCAGUGUGUGGAUCUCGCUGGUGGCUUCGCUGCGUCCUCCUCAACAUUCUCCUUUUCCUGCUGCUCUUCUUCCUCACCACUCCCGCCAUCAUUGUCAACACUAUGGACAAGUUCAACGUCACGAGGCCUGUGGAAAGUCUACGGAGCCCAGUUAUUACCCAGUUCUUCCCAACACUCCUGCUGUGGGCAUUUUCAGUCCUCCUGCCCUUCAUCGUCUACUACUCAGCCUUCUUUGAGUCCCACUGGACCAGGUCUGGUGAGAACCAAGUAACGAUGCACAAGUGCUUUUUCCUGCUGGUGUUCAUGGUGAUCAUCCUGCCAUCACUUGGUCUGUCCAGUCUGGACCUGUUCUUCACGUGGCUCUUUGAUGUCAACUUCUUGGAUGAUAGAGAUGUCAAAUUCCAGUGUGUGUUUCUUCCUGACAACGGCGCAUUCUUCGUAAACUAUGUGAUUACAUCCAGCCUGAUCGGCACGGCGAUGGAGCUGCUUCGCAUCCCGGCGCUAACAGUGUACGCAGUCCGCCUCUGCUUUGCCAAGUCCCAGGCAGAGCGCAUUCACGUUAAAAGGAGUCAGGCCUAUGAGUUCCAGUUUGGCCUUGAAUAUGCCUGGACUAUGUGCAUCUUUGCCGUCAGUAUGACCUACAGCAUCACAUGCCCCAUCAUUACUCCCUUUGGUCUUCUCUAUGUGAUUCUGAAGCACAUGGUGGACCGAUACAACAUCUACUAUGCAUAUGUUCCCACCAAACUCAACCAGCAGAUCCACAGAGCAGCCAUCAGUCAGGUCAUCCUGGCUCCUAUCCUCUGUAUGUUCUGGUUGCUCUUCUUCUCCGUGCUCAGACUCGGUCCAGUGCAUCCCAUCACUGUCUUUACAUUAGUGUCCCUUCUGUCCUGUAUCACCUUUUCCCUCUUCCGCUUGUGCCUUAGGAAGCAACCAGACAAGUCAACAAGCUACCAGAUGUCUGAUCAGCCAGCAGAGGGGACGUUUACAGAUGCAGAGAGGAGUACUGUAACAUCCACCACUGCCUCCAGUCUGUUUGUGGCAUCUGUGUUGUUGGAGCCAGAACUGGCUUUGACCCCGAUGCCCUCGCCGGCCCACCACAGCUAUGGCGCCAUGGCCAGCUCCCAGGGUUCAACUCACGGUCCGGUGGGGGAGGAGGAAGGGGAGGAGGACCACUCCCAGACCCAUGAGACUGAGCUACAAGACCCCCCAGACCCUUACUGCUCCAGCCCGCUCAUGGACAGCCCUGUUGGCUACCAGUAACACCAAAUCCCUCAAGCUGAUCUCCACAUGUCCUUUACCUGAGGAACACAGAUUGCUAAAUGCCGCAGUGCUGCGUUUUCACCCCAGACCUCAUACUCCAACCUAGCUGCCUCAGACCCUGAAAGUGGAUGGGGCUUGUUAGAGAGGAUGAUGAAGAGGAACGGAGCUCAUCACAGGAGCCAGAUCUAACUAUAUGGACCGCAUUUGUUGAAACAUCUUACGGACAUGAAUCAUAAUAAUUCACUGAUGAUACAGAUUAUAUGUAUAGAUCUUUAGCCUUACCAUUGGAUGCUCCACAGCAGGAACCCCCUUCUCUUCUAACUGUAGGUGAAAGAACUUUUAGGUAUCUAUCAGACACUCGCUGUCCACGGGUGCCACUUGGACAUGAGCGAGGGUGAAAGUUCCCAUCAGAGUGGGUGGUGUGAGCAGGCUUGCCCCGGCAGACUGACAGAGUGGUCUGGGCACGGGUGAUAUCUGGUUCCUCCACAGCAGAGCUCAGGGAGGCAGAGGGUGAGGGCAGCUAGUUGUGAAGCCAUCUGCAGUGAGAGAGCAGACAGACGGAGGGCCGAAUGUAACUCAGAGAUGUACUGUAAUGUAUGUACACUCUACGGAGGCAUAAGCAGCUCGACUGUACCUGGAGCUCAGUGUAACUACUGUCAGUUUAAGUUUGAUAUUUUUGCUACAGUAUUUUUGGUGUCAUUGAUAUUGUGCUUUGGGUUUGGGGCCACUGGAGAUUGGUCAAA